AUGGAAACUAGUGAUGAUGAUUGUAUUAUUUUGGAUGUGAUUGAUAAUACAAAGGACUUUAAAUUAAACAAAAGUUGUCAAGAGAAAAUGGAAAUAUAUUCAUCUGAUAUCAUGACAAGUACAAAAAUCAAUCCAAAUGACAUGGUAAUGGAAAAGAGAAAUAAUCAUUUAAAUUAUAUAAAUAACAUAGAAAAUGUUAAUAUUUCAUCUAACAAUAAAAGUAAGGGGAUUCAUCUGAUUGUCAGUAAUGAUGUAGAAAAGAUGGAUACAUAUGAGAAACAAGUUUUAAAAAAAGUACCUUCAAAAAGAAGAAUUAAAGAUAUUACUAGUGAUGAUAAUAAUGGUGAUGGUGAAACAGAAGCACAAAAAAAGAAAAGACUUCGUUUGGAGGCUAAGGAGGCACAAAAAAUGGAGAAAGAAAUUAAUAAAAUUAAAAGAGAAAUUUCUGCAUCAAUAAAUACUAAAGCUGAACAGUAUUUGUAUUGUCGUGUUAGUAAUAAAAUUAAUGAAAUGAUUCCUGAAUUUAAAGAAAAUAUUGAAACAUUUUUUGAGGGACGGCAAAUAAAAGAUCAAUUAGAAUUUGAAAAUUUACCUUCUAGUAUUAUUACAUGGAAACGUAAAAGUGUUGAUGCUUUAGUUGAAAAUAAUACUGUUCAACGUGUAGAACUAUUUGAUACAGAAAAUGUUUUUUUAUCUGUUAUUUUGGGAGAAGAAUUUAAAAAUUUAUAUACUAAAAAAGAAUUAAUUAAUUUUAUUACUAAUAUAAAGAAACAAUUUUGUGGUGAGGUACAUGGAGUUGUGAUUGUUUAUGAUAAACAUUCUAUUAGCAAACCAUCAUUAUAUAAUUUAUGUUUAGAAAUUUAUGAAAAAACAGGAAUACAUUUAAAAUUUAUAAAAAAAAUUGAAAAAUUAGUUUUGACUGUAGGUCAACAUCAUCGAGCAAUUGCAAAAAAACCUUUAAGUUUAGAAAAAAAUGUUGAAGGUAUGAUGAUAUAUAGUGGUGAAAAAGGUGUUAAAGAUGGUCCUGAUGUUCAUAAAGAUUGGUGGUAUAAAAUGUUAUCUGCAAUUCAUCGUAUUAGUGAAGAUCAAAAAAGGGCAAUUUUGGAACAUUAUCCUAAUCCAUUUGAUUUAAUACUUCUUCUCAAUGAAAUUGGUUCAUUUGCUGGUGUUAAAAGAAUCUCAAAUAUUCAAUGUGAGAAUGGCAGAAAAAUUGGUCCAAUAUUUGCUCAAAAAUUGGUACAAACCUUAACUAGUAUUACAGGAGAUGAAAUUAUUGAAUGUUAA